GUGAGGAGGAGAAGGAGAGAGAGAGAGCGGGAUGCUGACAGAUUCCUGAUAGAUGGUUAAAAUGGCGAAAGCUUGUUCGACCUCAGCGAGCCACCAAAGUGUAGCACUGUAGGUCGGAACAUGUAGUAUCUGAGGCUGGAUAUUACCUGUGUGCACGCGUGUGUUUUUUCUUUCUUUUUUUUAACCCCUGUCUAUUCACCACACGCUGUUUUCUGCAAGUGCUGGAAUAAUUUCUAGAAGUGUUUAAAUGGCAUCCACAAGGCUCCGCUGCCUUGUUCCUUGCUUUUUGGGAAUACUCCUAAAUGCUUUAAUCGGUGUGAUGUGUGAAGCGGAGCUCUCCUUCACACUGGAGCCCAGCGACAUUAUUGCUGUACAGGAGCAGCCGCUCAUGCUCCACUGCCAGGUGGAUGGCAUCCCCCCAAUUACGACACAGUGGAGGCACAAUGGCCUACUUUUAACUCAGGACCAGCAUCACACCACCUUCAUCAAUGGCUCCCUCCUGAUCGGUCACUUCCAGAAGACCAAAUCUGACGGCUCGUCUGAUGAAGGCGACUACGAAUGCGUGGCUCAGAAUUCUUUCGGGCUGGUGGUGAGCCGUAAGGCCCGCAUUCAGGCAGCCACCAUGGCAGAUUUCCAUGUCCAACCGGAGUCAGUGCACGUGGAGGAGUCUGGCGUGGCUCGAUUCCAGUGUCAGAUCCACGGCCUGCCAGAGCCCGUCAUCAGCUGGGAAAAAGACAGCCGUCCAGUGGACACCAAGGACGAGAGGUACACUCUGCUGCCCACAGGUGUUCUGCAGAUCACAGGAGUGCGUGAGGAGGACAGCGGAAAGUUCUGCUGCGUGGCUCAUAACAGUGCAGGGGUGAAACACAGCACUGAGGCGCUCCUCACUGUUUCAGGCUCCCAGUCAUCUGUUUACAAAGAGCCCAUGAUCCUGGUCGGUCCCGAAAACCUCACCCUCACUGUUCAUCAGACUGCCAUCUUGGAGUGCAUUGCUACCGGAUACCCUCGGCCCAUCGUGUCUUGGAGCAGACUAGAUGGCCGUCCCAUCGGCGUGGAGGGAAUCCAGGUACUCGGCACGGGGAAUCUGAUGAUCUCAGAUGUUGGUGUGCAGCACUCAGGGGUCUACGUGUGCGCUGCUAACAAACCGGGGACUCGGGUUCGUAGGACUGCUCAGGGACGUCUGGUGGUCCAAGCUCCAGCAGAGUUUGUUCAACCUCCGCAGUCCAUCGCUCGUCCUGUCGGCACCACCGCCAUCUUCACCUGCCAGGCACAGGGCGAGCCCGAGCCCCAGCUCACCUGGCUGAAGAACGGGCAGAUUCUCGAGCCCGGGGGGCACGUCAAACUCAGGAACAACAACAGCACACUAACCAUCUAUGGCAUCAGCCAGGAUGAUGAAGCUAUUUACCAGUGUAUCGCCGAGAACAGCGCCGGCUCCACGCAGGCCAGCGCCCGCCUCACGGUGCUCUGGGCUGACGGACUGCCCGGUGUCGCAACCCACGUCCAGGCUGAGGCCCUCUCACCCACCACCAUCCAGGUGUCUUGGAGGGAGCCCGACCAGAACACUCAGGACAUCAUCGGCUACGUGCUCCACAUCCGCCGGACCUCAGACCCAGUGGAGAUGGAGUACGAGGAGGCCGUCAGUAAGGUGACGCUGCAGCAGAUCAUCAGGGACCUGGAGCCCUCCACUAGUUACACCUUCUACGUCAAGGCCUACACGUCCCAUGGGGCCAGCAAACCAUCGGACAGUGUCACAGAGAGCACGCAUGGGGAGGUGCCAGCGCCUCCUUCACUCUUCACCAAGGUGGUGAACAGCAGCGUUGUGCAAGCAUCAUGGGAGCCCUCCUCCAAGAUGGGCCAAAAUCAAGGCUUCAGACUGUAUUACAGAAGAGCCCACACUCCGCUGUUCACCGGCCCCAUCACCUUCCCUCACAACGUCACCCAGUACAACAUCACUCAGCUGGAUCCAUCACUGGUCUAUGAGAUAAAGCUGCUUGCGUACAACCAACACGGAGAUGGCAAUGCCACUGUGCGAUUUUUUUCGCUUCGGGAGGCGGUGGAGAAAUCUGUGUUGGACGCCCCAUGUGACUGUGUCAAAGAUGAACAGAGUAAAACAUCAACUACCGGCAUCAUAAUCGGUAUUCACAUCGGCGUCACCUGCAUCAUCUUCUGUGUGCUCUUCCUCGUCUUCAGCUAUCGCGGCAGGUUAAUGAUGUGUAAGACGGUGCAGGCCACCCCCCAGGCAGGGCACAGCGCGGUGCUCGAAUCCUCGUCCUCUUCCCAGGGGGCCUCUGGGCUGAACGGGGCCGCCAGGAGAGAAAUGGAGGUCAAUGGCAGCACAGCGGGGAAGAAAGUGGUCGACAGCAACGAGCUCGAGAGACUUUUCACUCAACCCAACCCACAGGACACAUGCAUGUCCGACUCCUACGUGCUGAACGACACCCAGCUGUCUACGAUACCGCUGGACGAGUUCGCGAUGGAGCGGGACACGGAGACGCAGUUCCAGGAGCCUCCUGCAGCAGGAGCGGUUCAGCAGGACCAAGGCUAAUCAUGUAUGAAGGCUAAUUCACACGACACUGUCCACAGUGUCCCCUUAGACUCUUCUCUCACUCAGGUUGACAAAUGUUUCCUUUCAAAGUAGUUUUUCCUUUCGUGCAAAGAUUUUUUUUUUUAAGUUCUAGAGGAUCUAGGACUGGAGUGUUUUUGGCCUGGGUUCGGAGAGCUCUCUUCUAAAGGACGGCUGUUUCUAGCUAGGCAGGCUAGUUAAAUAUUCUUUAUUUUUACUUCUUUUUUUUUUUAACAGGGCUGUCACUUUUUAAAAAACUGAAGUUCGAGCAAAUUUGAACACAUAAUUCAUUCAAACUAGACCCAAACAUCGUGUUCGUGAUUUUCAGAGCGCCCUCUGCUGGACUGCUAGGUGAACUUACUUUUAGCAUCCUGCUGCGCUUGUAGACUUUAAAUUUAGAUUUCAAACAAUUCAUUAAAUUUUCUCCAACUUACAAAGACUGUUUAGGUCUCAGAUAAAAGGUGACAGCCCUAAUUGUAUGUUUUAAUUUCCUGGUGUUGGGCAGCACAGAAGCCCCAGAAUGUCCUUGUUAAACAAUGAUGAUUUUAUUUUUAAGUUUAUAUAUAUAUAAAUAUAUAUAUAUAUAUAUAUAUAUAUAUGAAUACAUAUAUAUCUUUAUCAUCGAUAUAUCAAAGUGGUUAUAAGUUAUUGGUCUUAUCUCUACUUUUCUGUGGAUGUCAAAGACUCCUGCUGCCUGCUCUCACCUACCAAUGAUUCCACCUUCUCGCUCACAGAAGACUUCAGCCUUCUUCCAGGGAUUCGAUAUAUUCUGUCUCAGGACUUUAUUUCAGUGAUAUCAACAUUUUUUUUAUGAGUUCUCGGCCUUCAUACAGACACUAGACUUGGCUGUGUGAACCUUAACGAUUCAACAAAAACCUACCUCAGCCGGAAUGAAUGUGUUGCGGGAAGCUUUUAGGGACUUUACCUUCCCUUGUGCUCACAAUUUACUUUACACGCGGAGGAACUGAUUGGUUUGAGAAAUUACAAGAUCAGGUGCCGCACUACCUCAGAUGUCAAGAAUCUUCUCUCCUCUCCUGCUCGUCGAAGCAAAGCGAUAGAAAGAAAAAAAAAACGUGUAUCCAACAUAAAGCACUUCCAAAUGCUGAAGUUAAUGUUCUACCUCAAGAUAACAAUGUUAAUGUUGUCGCUGUUGUUGUUGUUGUUGUUUGUCUGUUUAUUGCGUAAUGGAAAAACCCUCUUUUCCCUCCUCUGUGAAAUCCUGGGUUCCCUCUGUUGAUGAAUAUGUUGUUUGUAGAUUCAGUGUCAGUACCUCAUGCAAGUUGACAGACUGACAACACUGUUGUAUGAAUUACAGUACGUUAGGGUUAUGUAUGAAUUACACUGUAACAUCGUAAGCUUUUUAGAUUUUAUUUCAUUUAAAAGAUCACAAUUCUCCCCCUCUAAAUGUAGUUACUACAGUUGAAUGAAAAGACCAUUAGAGAUACACUGCGUUGCUAAUGAUAUUUUCAAGGCUGUUUCCUGCUGAAUGAGACGUGACACAUAAUGUUCAAUUUGACAAGAAGCAAAAUAACACGAUAUACAGACAUCAUAUAUGUGUUUAAAAUUAGCAGUGUGCAUGUGAGAUUGUGUGUCUGUUUGUGUGCAGAUAUUUUAUUGACUGAAUGAAUGUUUUCAUACAUAUUAUGAUGUAUGUCAAAAAAAAGACAAAAAGUAGAAAAUUAAGCACAAAUCUUACCAAAAUAUCCCCAAACAUUAUUCUAUUAUUGUUUGUGUAACAAGGAAUAGUUUGACAUUUUGUGCUUAUUGGCUUUCUUGUUGGCAGAUACCACUCUUCUUUCUCUUUUUUAAUUAUGGCGCUGUAGCUUAUUAGCGUAGCUUAGCCUAUAUGGUACACAACUAAAACAACCCCUGUAAUCACAAGUUGUUGUGUUUACAUUAAUGUUUGUGUACAAAUUAAACAAACGAGGCGUAACGUGUUAAUUAUUAUAGAUCUUUUAGCUUUGGUUUGAGCCAGACAAGAUGUUUUCUCCAGCUUCAAGUCUUUAUGCUAAGCUAAAGCUGCCUCCCAGCUCUGGCUUCAUACGUUAAGGGAUAGUUUUACAUUUUGGGAAAUGCUUAGCUAUGGUAAAUGUGAAGCUAGAGCUAGCAGACGGUUAGCUUAGCUUAGCAUAAAGACUGGAAACAGGAGAAACGGUAACAAAAUCCUCCUGCUAGCACCUCUGAAGCUGACACGUUAUAACUGGUUUGUUUAGUCUGUACAAAUCCAAAGUAUAAAAACAACAGGUUUUUACCAGAAACAAGACAUAUUCAUCAGACAUGAGAGUGGUAUCAAUCUUCUCACCUAACUUCAUGUCAGAAGGCGAAUAAACGCAUUUCCCAAAAUGUUCAACUAUUCCUUCAGCAGCACAGAAAUGACAGUGAUUCUGAUUAUUGAUCGAACGUAAAUAAGCUAUUUCCCCAAAUGCUGAACUAUUUCUUUAAUUUAAAUUGACAGCAGUGUAUCUCUAAGCUUUUUCUGACUAUUUCUAGCUGCAGUGCUUGUAGUGAUUUUGUGUUCAUGACACAUUAUCUGCCUCCUUUUUAAACAGAGUUAGUCGCCUUUUUUCGGGCGUGGUAGUUGCUGACUGUGCUUGUCUAUCGUUACUCUCUUUCCAAAACCACAAUUGCUGCUCAGCCUUCUCCCUCCCGUCAACACUGACUAGUUUAAGCGCUUCAGGAACACCGUGUUUAUAAUAACGCUGGAUGCCGACGACCACGGACAGAGAGCUGGCUGAGGGAGAUAGAUGGUCGUUGGGUAGCUGAACGAUCGCAGGGCUUCUCUCUCCGGCUCUCUGCUCCGUGGCGUCACAUACUGUACAGGACUUGCUCUGAUGCAUUAUGAUUAACCUACCUCAACCCUGUUUUUUCGGCCUUUCUCUCAGGUCUUAACGAAGGAAACACACAGAGUGCGAACAACUGAGCAGAGGAAUACAGGCACACAUAUAUAUAUAUAAAUGUGUAUCUAUGUUGCAGUUGUUGAUACGUGCUGGACAGACAAAAAAAAAGUAGACAGAAAGAGACACAAACGUAUAAAUGGAGGGAGAACUUUUUAGGACCUUUAUCUCGUGCACUAACUAUUAAAACAGUUCAUCGUCAUGCUUAAUUUCUAGUGGGUGUGAAUGCUUAUCAGAUUUUUUUUUAUUAUUAUUGUUUAUUUUCUUUCAUAUCAGAAGCUUUUAACUUUAUUUUGUCUCACUGGUGUUGGACUUUAUAUCGUCUGUGGAAAGUUUAUCUGUGAAUAAAGCAAACUGAAAAGUAAAGCGAAGUGGGUGGCACCUACAACUCCGACACAAACACAGUUUCACACGAUUGGUUUAUUGAUUUGCCUUUGCAGCUUAGAUUACAGUGCUUUCACGUGAUGUUGAUGAGAUUGUUUUUAUGAGCUGGUGAAUGGAAAAAACUCUUGAUGUCAGCCUCCUAGUUGUAAUUCCAAGUCUGUGAUUUUGACUGUGACGACUUCCACUUAGUGAAAAGAACAGGAGGUUUUCUAGUUUUUCCCCAUUCUGCUGACAGUCCAUGAACGCAGCACAGGUUUCAAUAUAUAUAUAGAAAAUUGGAAAAAAAUUCCUCAAGUUUCAUACAUGGAUAUUUCAGCCCUAUAUAUCUUCUGAAGACAUUCCAGAUAGGAGAUGUACGUGUCCCCACUGCAGAGAAUCACCUGCCAUUUUUAAUGUGUUAUGCAAACCAGUAUUAUACAGUUUCAGUUUUAGUGAUCAUCUUAGGUACUGUAAUUUUAUGCCUUUUUAAAGUUAUUUGUUUAUGUUUAUUUGUCUGCAGAUUUUCUCCUUGCAUUCAUUUCUUGUAUUUAAUUGUACACGUUGGUGUUAAUACCGUGUUACAAGUGUUGGGAAAAACAAUAAUGGUACUUGUCAAAAUAGCAGAACAAAUGCCCGACCUAAAUGUCUCCUGCCUGUAUAUUUAUUAACCACCAGUGUGAUAUUUUCUCUCCGGGGCUGCUGCAGCCUUAAUCAGUGUUUUUACUUCUGCUGAGAGUAAUUUCACUGGGGGAACAAGUGGUGUGUUUUUUUCCUUCCUUCCUUCCUUCCUUCCUUUCCUCCUCUGUCCCUCGGUGUAAUUUAGGGUUAAUCUCCUGCAGGAAAUUGCCCACAUCUCACCCGUGGAUGUGACAGGUUUUAGUGCCACGCCGUUGAACCUGAUUCACUGGGAAUGUGGUGCAGUGACGAUCAUGUUUACGUGACGAGACGUUGAUCGGUCAGGUUGUCCUAUUGCUGUGUAACAUUAGAAGUUGUGUGAUUAAUGGAGCCCUAGAAGCUGUUCUCAAUGACUGACUGGCGCUAUAAACUCCAUCAGCGGGAGGAGAGGAUGAUUCCUUCGCUGACACAGUCAGUGAAAAAACGGGGCCUUUGUCAUAUGUAUUUUGCAGCCUUGGGAAGUGCUGAAUCACCAAACCCUGCUCCUGUCAGUUAGCCGCUUCCUUUUUGUCCUCCGUGUGGAAUUCUGACCUUCGGACAGGGAGAGUGUGUGCUCAGGGACUCAGGAUCCUCGUGUUAUAUGUAUAUCAAACAGGCCACACUUGGCCUUCUGGACUUGACAUGAUUUUCAUCCUUAAAAUCUACUUUUUGCCCAGUUCAGGCAGGUUUGCUGUGACGGAUGCUUUCUUUGUUCUUCAUUUCAGACAAACUGGUGGCAGGAUGAGUAUUUGUCGUUUGCCACUGGUUUGAAACACAAAGGAAAACCUUCUCAGAAAAUAGUUCAGCUGCCUCCUCGGUGUCUCCUCAGUGAUGAAAACAAGGAUACACGGAUUACAAAUGAACUCUCGCUUUCAUUUUAUGAGAGAAAAUACCACAGAAGUGAUCAAUUACAUUAAAAUCUCACCACUGAAAACUUCUGUUACUAGACUAGCAGCACUAUUUGGUGUGUGGUUAAUAAAAAAUCAUCAUGGAGCUGAAAUUAUUUGUCAUUUAACUGAUAAUCAGAAACUAUUUUAAAGUUUUUCAAGCAAAAAUUAAUUAAUUCAAGCCUCUAAAUUGUAAGAUUUUGCUGCUUUUCUUUAUCAUACAUGGUUUGAGCUGUUGGUCAGACACCUAAUGAUUAAUUGAUUGAGAAAUUAGCAGAUUAAUUGCUAAUGAAAAUAAUCGUUUGUCGCAGCUGUAGUUCAUUCCCACUUCUUCCAGCGCCCUCAGGUUCUCACAAAGAAGGCAUCCUGGACUGGGUACAUGCUUAUUAUGAUCUCAGUGCUCUCAACUGUGAAAACUACUCAUCUGUCUGUGCAGGUCUCUCUCUGUCUCUCUCUCUUCAUGUGCAUUAAGUGAACACAGGUAACCAGGUCAGGUCAGAGGGACAGGAGAGACUCAGCCUGGCUGGUUUGGCGUUGUAUCACUGCAUGAUGUCUGCUAUGAAUAUAGAUACAAUGCUGUAACAGUGGUGAGGUUUAAAGGAGACCUGACAUUCUGACUCUGGUGACACAUGCCUCUUCUUGAAAUAUCCUUUACAUUAUGUGGUAUUGAUCAUUGUGGCACCAAAUGACCAUCCGAUACGAUUGUGAAUUGAUUACAUUUCCGAUGCAUUUAUCUCUAUGGUGUUCUGCUCUGAGACCCUGAUGCCUGUACAUGUCAAAUAAUGCUGAGUUAAAGAUUUUUGCAAGUAAUUUAUACUCUUGUCAAAUGGUGAGUUAAUGUAAUUGUACUUUAAUGUUUGAGAUCAGUAUUAUGUUUUAUAUACCAGAUUGAAUCCAGUCUAUUUAAAAGUAGAAAGGCAGAGAAAACCUCCAGUAGAGCUGCAUGAGAAACAAAAAGCUAACGUGUUAUUUUAGCUGAAAUGAAAAGUGUUAGUUAAUCAUUAUUGGACUUGUGAUGGUAACACUGUGAUAUUUAGCCGAAUAAUGGCAAAAUAAUGUUGUGAUCUCAAUAUGGUGCUAUUGAUGGUCCUGUCUCACAUUGUCGGUCGAUCUGUUUUGAUGGUGUGUAUUGAUGAAAAUAGGUUGAGUGACCUUUUUCCGUUGACAAGUCUAAAUCUGUCUUGCCCUCGUUGAUGCCUGAUGAUCACCUCAUCCUCAUCCUGUUCCCACCAGUCAUGCUCACGUGAGUGACUCCGGGGUGAGGUCCUGUCAGUCCUGCUACCUUUAAAGUGACAAGUUGUCUUCAUACCCCUCCUCCCCCUCCCACAAACCCAUCUUUGCUUGAGGAGAAUGUCUGUUCUAUAUUGAUGUUGUCAACUCACUCUGAAGCCGUUCAGUCAUCCUUUAUUUGGCCACUGAAAAAAGAAAAGAGCUCCUGAGUAGGAUCUACUCUGCAGGUGUGAUUGACCCCCGCACCUGUCCUAUGAAGUUAGCCUCAAACAUCAGUUUAGCCAGCUUACAGGGACAGGUAUUGUAAAAUCCUCCUGUACAGAGCACCACAGUCUCAACUUCAAACCUGCAGCGCUGCAGGCAAAAGGCUCUUUAGUCUUAAAGGGAGAAUGAUGCCAGUAUAUAGUUGCCAAAUCAAACCAUAUCGGCGUAAGAAUAUUUAACCUGCUCUUGCCCUGUGUUGCUGAAAACUUGGUUAUCGUCAUCAAACAUCCUCUGUGAUUUUUUUAAGAGAUUAACAGUAAAAAAAUCAGCUGGUUUGGAUUCACCAAACUGGUGCAUGGACGCUCAUGAUAUCACCUUUUUCCAACUUCUGAAGACCAGUGAGGAGAGAGGAAGCUGAAACACAAAUGUAGAAAUCUCAUGCAAAAUCACCAAAACUGCUCUGACUCUGGCAGAAACGUUUGUGUUCGUGUAGUUUUUCACUGUAAGAAUUAAGAAAAUAUGUUUCCAAUGUCUUUAAACUGUUCGCUCUGAUGCGUGUGAAAUGCAUCACAGUCUGUGUGCUGGCUCUGAAUUUAAGAGUUUACUGUCAAGCAGGACUCCAGCAAGUUUAGUUUAGUGUUGCUUAAAAAUAUAAUAUUGAAGUUGAUAAUAUGUCCUGCAGUACAGGACAUAACAGCUGAGUCCUGAUGUGUUUGUAGAAAAUAAAAAACACAGAACUCCUUCUUUCCAGAGAAACAUUUGCUUUCUCCUUCAGUUCAUGGUUUAAAGUAUCUGACAGCAACAAAGGGCAAGAGAAGGCAACAGUUUUCAGCCAUUUACUACUGCAGUUCAUUCCUUCAAAACGAGUGGAACGUCUAUUUAAUCUAUGCAGAUUUAUUUUUAGUUUUUAAAUCGCUGCAGGGUUCAAAUGUGGUGCCAUCCUGAAACCAAAAACCAUAUGCAUUACCAGCCGUGUAAACUAAGCCUCAUUUGUAGUGUUACCUGUGUUUAAUGAAUCGAUAGCUCAUUUUGAAGAAGUAAAGGGAGCACAAAUCUGUAAAGUCAGUCCAUGAUCACACAUCUGUCUGUCUAACUGUCUGCCUGUCUGUCUGUCAUGUGGUGUGUCUGUCUGUCUGUCUGCUGAGGUCACUGCCUCUGUCUGUGCCACAGUUAAAUUCAGGUCAAUAUGAGAUGAAUUAAAUUCAGUAUAAGCGUUCUCAGAGCAUUGUCAGGGAUCACUACUGUAUGUUUCCACAAAGUUAUGUUUCUACACUCUCUCUAGACCAAGGUGUUGCAAUUAUAAAUCUGUAUACAUAUCCACAUAUACUGUAUGUACUGUAUGUGUGUAUGUAUAUGUGUAAAAAGACCAUUUUUAGUGGUUUGCAUUGUUUUAGGGUUCAUUGUGCAACACUGAUUGAAGAAAAAAACAAUGACAGUGAUGAUAAUAAACUAGCUCUAGUAAUA